UUGUUUUAAGAAGCCGUGGAUAAAGAGGACACGCACAGCCUCAUACUCGUUCUUCUUGUUAUUUUCUGGUCCUUCAGCGGUUACUUUCGGCCAUGCCCGAGCCAGCCAAGUCCGCUCCGGCCCCGAAGAAGGGCUCCAAGAAGGCGGUGACCAAGGCGCAGAAGAAGGACGGCAAGAAGCGCAAACGCAGCCGCAAGGAGAGCUACUCGGUGUACGUGUACAAGGUGCUGAAGCAGGUGCACCCCGACACCGGCAUCUCGUCCAAGGCCAUGGGCAUCAUGAACUCGUUCGUCAACGACAUCUUCGAGCGCAUCGCGGGCGAGGCGUCCCGCCUGGCGCACUACAACAAGCGCUCGACCAUCACGUCCAGGGAGAUCCAGACGGCCGUGCGCCUGCUGCUGCCCGGGGAGCUGGCCAAGCACGCCGUGUCCGAGGGCACCAAGGCCGUCACCAAGUACACCAGCGCCAAGUGAGCCCGCCGGCUGCAAGAGCAAUCGAGAGAGAGAGAGAGCGCGAGACAGAGCACAAGCAGGCAGAGGGAAAUGAGCCGUGGCUUCCUGCUGGCGGGAAUGCGGACUGGAAACGCGCCUUCUACCUUCGGAGGAGUUUGGCCAAUUCUUAGAAAACUACACCUGCUCUUCCCACACAAUCCUGCAAGCACGUUCUCUGGUAUUUACCCGAAGGAGUUGAGAAUUUAUGCACACAGAAAAUUUGCACUCAGAUGUCCUUCAGUGGGUGAAUGGAGAAAUCAAUGGAGAAAUAAACUGUGGUCCAUCCAGACAAGGGAAUUCUAUUCAGCGCUAAGAAGAAAUGAGCUCUCAAGCCAUGAAAAGACAUGGAGGAAACUUAAAUGCGUAUGACUAAGUGCCAGGAGCCAAUUUGAAGAGGCUACAUGCUGUGUGAUUCAGCUAUGGGGGGAGGGGCCUGCUUCUCCCUCUCCCUCCGCCCCUCCCCCUUUUGUGCUCUCUCAAAUUAAUAAAAUCCUAAAAAGAAAAAGAAUAAUUUUAAUGUAUUGUUAUAACAAAACAUAGAGACAAAAUAAUUCCCGGAGGAUUUCCUCAGAUGCUUAGAAUGAAAAAGAAUGAAGAAAAAUAAUCCACUGAUAAAUGAAGGCUUUUGGGGGGUGUACGUUUUAUUUAAAAAAUAAAUAUGAUUUUUUAUAUCAUAGCAACUUUACUCGUGAAAAUAAUGCAGAAUAUAAAAAUGAGAAUAUAGGUAUGGACUAUUCAUGUAAAUAUUAAGGUGUUGCAUAAAAAUGUUGAGUAAUGAUAACUUUCUUUUUUUUUUUUUUUUUUUUUUUAGUAAUGAUAACUUUCUAAAGUCCCUGCACUUGUCUAAGAAAAAGACAACUAUGAAUCACACCCCAAUUAAUAUUAGAAAUAUGUACGUGGGAUGUGAAUAUGGAGUUACACCUAAAAUAGGUUAGAACUGAAACAGUCUAGCAGUUUUUGCUGGUUGGUCCCUUUAAAAGUAUUUUGAGAAUACAGAACUAUAUAAAAUUCUUCCACUCAAAUUUGAGGGGUAAUGUUUUAUAAAUGUAACACCAGAUUUUUAAAAAAGAAUUCUUGAUAUUUGGUUGCACUGUAGCUUUAUCUUAAUUUACUCCCCCCCAAUAUUUUAAAUUCAUAUCUUGAAAAUGAAAUAACAGAACAUUAAGAUAUGCUGUAAGUAUCAAUGUAUUUGUAUUAGGCCAAAUACAGUUAUUUACAUUUAUUUCCAAGUCACUGAAACUUGACACUGCUUGCAAUUUAAAUAAACUAUAUCAUAAAAUGA